GACGGUGUCAGGACAUUCCAACUGGGUGUUUGCACAACCUGCCCCCUUUUCUUGCAGUCCCAGGCAGAGCAGUUGCCGUACCAGGCCACGAUGCAUUCAGAUCCUGGAAACAGUUCUGGAUAUGCGUCUGCCACAUUCUCCCCGUACUCGCAGCCCAACAACAGUGGGAACACCGAAACAUUUGCCACAGAGGCCUGGAACAACCAGCUGGUGAGGCACACAUUUGUCCGGAAGGUUUAUGCCAUCUUGAUGGUACAGUUGCUGACAACCUUCGGAAUCGUGGCAGUCUUUAUCUUCUAUGACCCAGUCAGAAAAUACGUGCGUAAGAAUCUAAUCUUGUACUACACCUCGUUUGGGGUCUUCAUUUUCACGUACCUCAUUCUCGCCUGCUGUUCAGGAGUCAGGAGACGUUUUCCCUGGAAUUUAAUUCUUCUGUCAAUUUUUACUCUGAGCAUGUCAUACAUGGCAGGGAUGCUUACCACCUACCACAACACAAAGACUGUGCUGCUGUGCAUUGGGAUCACAGCCUUGGUCUGUUUCACAGUCACCAUCUUCUCCUUCCAGACGAAGUUUGACUUCACCUCCUGCCACGGCCUGCUGUUUGGGAUGACCAUGGCACUGUUGAUGACAGGAUUGAUCAUGGCCUUCACCGUCCCCUUUGGAUACCUGCCCUGGUUACAGACAAUUUAUGCAGGUCUUGGAGCUGUUGCCUUCACUCUGUUCCUGGCUUACGACACGCAGCUUCUGGUGGGCAACAAGCGGUACUCCCUGAGCCCUGAGGAGCACAUCUUUGCCGCGCUCUGCCUCUAUGUCGACAUCGUCUUCAUCUUCAUGUUCUUCCUGCAGCUGUUCGGGAGUCGCGAGUGAGCAGCUGUCGGCUUUCACCUGGUGACUUGCAGCUCCUUCCCACCGCCUCCCUCCGUCUGUGAAACCAGGACCCAGCCUCGGGGGACCCUCAACCCUCCACUCGACCUGCCUGGGGCUUCUGUAGGCUUUCUCCAUCUCCCCUUCACUAGUCCCAGUCAGUGGUAUCAGAGUCACGUCCCCCUCCCUUUUCCACUGUGCAGGGUCAGGAGGGUUUGUGAAUACCAUUAUUUCAAUUCCUAGCCCAGGACAAAGGUCCUGAGGCCAACUUUGCUUCCCUGUCUCCACCCACCCUGCACAGGACAGGUAAAGCCCGUGCAUCUCUCAGCAGAAAGAGACCCCUCUUUACAUUUCAUCUUUUUCUCAUCUGCUCAGGUAGCCUGAAUUAUUAUAACUUAUUGUUUAUAUUGAGUGUGAUCUUAGCGCAGCCACAUUGUCAGUUCUGGUCCUGUUCAGCCUCUUAUUUAUAUAAAUGUAUAUUUUUAUAGAUGUGGGCAUUUACAGGCUGCAGAGUUUUGGGGUUCAUACGGGCCCUGAUAACAUUCAUGGAGGUGGCAGCUGCUUGCUGUGUUGUGCCCGGGUGUAACUGUCUGAUCCCCAGUGGCUCUGUGCUCCCCCUGAGGGGCCGUUCAUGGCUUUAACCAGGUCCCCAGAGCUAAGUGAGCCCUGCAGCUUCUCAUUGCCCAGAGCCUCACUCCGUUCACACCCACUCCAAUACAUUUCAGAUAAAAAGAGGCAUUGUGGCUGGGAUCCGAGCCCAGUGGAUGUGGUGUAAAUGUGACUGU